AUGUGUUUGCUCGUGCCUAUAAUCUUUGCCGUGACAUUCUUUUUUAUGCCGGAAUCGCCCAUGUUUAUGAUAUCCAAAGGAAAAACAGAACAAGCUGCUAAGUCUUUGCAAAAAUUGAGAGGCAAACAUUAUAAUAUUGAAGGAGAAAUGAGAGCGAUGCAACAGAACCGAGCUUUAGAACAAGAAAAUAAACUUCCAUGCAGGAAAGCGUUUUCCACUAAGGCUGCCAUAAAAGCUAUUACUAUUUCUAUGUUUCUCAUGCUGUUCAUGCAAUUUUGUGGAAUAAAUGCAGCAGUUUUCUACAGUUCAUCAAUAUUUGAAGAAGGCGGUCUCAUAAGUGCCGAUACAGCAGGCAUAAUAAUAGCAGUUGUGCAGGUUAUCUUCGUCUUGGUAUCAAUAGUAAUAGUAGAUAAAUUAGGCAGAAGAAUACUGCUAAUAAUUUCUGCUGUUUCAAUGGCUUUGAGUUGCUUAGGCAUGGGAACUUAUACCAUAUUUUCUAAAAAUCCAGAUAAUCAUGAUAUGAUAUUAAAACUUUCUUGGGUACCCUUAGUAACUCUAUGCGUUUAUAUGGCUGCAUUUUCUACAGGAUUUGGUCCUAUACCUUGGAUGAUGAUUGGAGAGCUAUUUCCAUCAGCAAUAAAAGGAAUUGCAGGUGCCAUAUCGACAACAUUUUGCUGGAUAGUAGCAUUUUUUGUCACACAAUCGUUCGGAAUGAUAUCUGAUCAAUUAGGAAAAGACUGGCCUUUCUGGAUCUAUGGUGCUGCUUGUAUAAUAGCCGCGAUAUUCGUGUAUUUUUGUGUGCCUGAAACGAAGGCUAAGACUUUAAGUCAGAUUCAGCUAAUGCUCGGCAGAAGCAAUAACUAA